AUGAAAACGCUUACUCCACAUGCCGCACCUGUUUUAGUCACUCCUGGGCUAUUACUGUUGUGUAGAUAUUCAUCUUCAUUGGCAACACCACCGGUUAAAGAGCCUAUUCGUUCCAAUAUUCUUCUGACUAAGAUUCUUACUCAGGAAGAAUCUAAGAAACAGAAUGAUGAAGAAUUUAUCACACAUCCUAUGUUCAAGCAUCCAGAAUUUACAGAUGCUGAAUGCGAAGGUAUUCAUUAUGAACAUAGAACCCCCAAAACUCUUGGGGAUAGAAUUGCCUUUAGAGGUAUUCAAACCUUAAGACUGACUUAUGAUUUAGUUACUGGUUACAAAAAUGUUAGUUCUGAUGCUGAAUUGGAAAAGUUGAAGGGUACAAGAUGGGAAAUGACUGAUAACAAAUGGUUAACUAGAGUUAUUUUUUUGGAAUCAGUAGCUGGAGUUCCAGGAAUGGUUGCCGCUUUUAUUAGACACUUGCAUUCUCUUAGACUUAUGAAAAGAGAUAAAGCUUGGAUUGAAACUCUCUUAGAUGAAGCUUACAAUGAAAGAAUGCACUUGUUGACAUUUAUAAAGAUUGGAAGGCCUUCACUUCUUACUCGUGCCUUAUUGAAGAUUGGCCAAGGUGUUUUCGCUAACAUUUUCUUCUUUCUUUAUAUUGUCAAUCCCAGAUAUUGCCAUCGUUUUGUUGGGUAUUUGGAAGAAGAAGCUGUUUCCACUUAUACUCAUUUAGCUCAUGAAUUGACCAUUCCAGGUAAAUUACCCGAGCUCGAAAAGGUAAAGUUGCCAGAAAUUGCAACAACUUAUUGGUGGGAAUUAAAGGAAGAUUCUUCCUUCCGUGAUUUGAUUUUGAGAAUUAGAGCUGAUGAAGCUAAACAUAGAGAAGUCAAUCAUACUUUGGCUAACUUGAAUCAAAAGACUGAACGUAAUCCAUUUGCUAUGAAAGAUUCAAGAUUUGAUGAUCCUCAACCAGAUUACACCUUGAAAAACACCAGAGGUACUGGAUGGGAAAGACUGGACUUACACUUGUAG